AUGCAGUUACUCAAGUUCGCCAUCUUCGUCGUUACUGCCAUGCUCUCAUCUUCGGCAAUUGCCUGUAAGUGCGAGGCGGAUAUCAAAACCCCCCCGGCCGAUGAUGAAUGCCCGCGCCUUGUGACGUUCACCGAAAAAUGUUGCUCGGAGCUCGGCGGCACCAUGAACGGCGACGACUGUGUUGCCCACUCCAUCGCCGAGAAACUCAAGGCCUUCCACAAGUGCUGCCAGGGGAAGUCUGACUGCAAUUAUCCUGGUCCCCGGUAA